UCUCCCUGUUACAGGCAUACGAAAGAAGAUUCCCCACCUGCCCUCUGAUCCCCAUGUUCAUAGACAGCGACACUGUGAGCGAGUUCAAGAGCGAGGACGGGGCCGUGCACGUGAUAGAGAGGCGGUGCAAGCUGGACGUGGACGCGCCCAGGCUGCUAAAGAGGAUUGCUGGGGUGGACUAUGUGUACUUUAUCCAGAAGAACUCCUUGAACAGAAGGGACCGGACCCUGCAGAUAGAGGCCCGCAAUGAAACCUUCUCCAGCAGAGUCAUCAUCAACGAAUUCUGCUGUUACACUGUGAGCUGAAACUCCUCCAGCCAUUUUACUGCAAUACUGGCUUGGAUAGUCAGCCUGUCCUUCCAUAUCCAAGCACCUUGUUCACUUCAGACUGAACUGCUAGCAAACCCCUAAUAUAGGACUCAGCGUCACACUUUAGAAAGAUGCUUUUGUCCCACACCCAGCUUAAAGGAGACUG